UUAACCACAAGAAAGUGCAAAAUCACACAAAAUCCUUACUCACUAAGUUAAAGUUUGCUAUAUCUAUUCAACCGUUAAAUACUGGUCUUUUUGCUUACAUUGUUAUCAGUUAUCAUUGGAAAAUCAUAGAGAUAUUUUUUUCGGUGAAGAAUUGAUUGUUGAUGUGGCAACUCUGUGACUGCGUCUACCAAUCCGCCGCUGUCGUUAACAACAACAAAGUUAUUGUCAUGAAUUCAGCGAGCAAGGUUGGAGAAAUAUUUACCGCCGCCGGGGCAGCAUUUAAUAAAUUAGGAGAACUUACAAUGCAAUUGCAUCCUACUACGGAUUCUCCUGCUGGUAAAUGGACUGACGAGGAAAUUGAGAUGCUCCGUCACUCAGUAAAAACAUUCAGUGAAGAUCUCAACAAAAUAAGUGAGCACAUCAAGGGAAGAACGGUCACACAGAUACGCACAACACUGAAAAAAAAGGCUUUUGAGGAGGCUGGAAUACCAAUAAGACAGGUGUCCCAACAAGGCCAAACAACACCUCACACCGUCCAGAAGCAGCAGAAUCAGGCGAAUUCUACAACUAAUCAAGCCAUGAUGAGUAAAUCGGCUGAGGUUACACUGAACAUGCUCAAUGCACCUGAAUCUGAAGUCGAUGUUGAAGGUUUACCUGAGGAGUGUCAAGUGAAACUAGAAUUUGAAGGCGCCACUGAAGAAGUCGCUUCAUAAUAAAUCAACAUUAAUUCCUUCAAUGAAUCACUGAAAUUGCUAAUUACAACAUUACAAAAAUAAUUUAUUAUAAUAAUUUGUAUAUGCCAUGUUCAUUAUAUCCCUUCGUUGGAUUUAUUUUUUCAUUUGUGCAUAAUAAAUUAUUCAUUUCAUUGAAAAAA